AUGAAUCGGGGCUGGGCCCUGUUCCCUGUGGUGUUCCUGUACCUCGCUGGAGGAGUAGGAGAGCAGCUUUCUGUCCCAGAACUAAAAAACUACAUUUAUGGCAACAUAGAACACCCAGUGAAAAUCUAUGUAAAAAUGAACCAAAAUAGUCCAUUUCUUGCCUGCAUGGAUAUAGCACUUUCUCAAACAGAAGUAGUAGACCCCAUAUCUUUGUGGAUGGGACCAAAUGGAAAGCAUUUAAAAGAGAAAAGUCAUAUAAACCUAACUUCAACAGGAAAGCUAAUGAUUACAAAUUUUCAAGAAUCUAUGUCUGGAUCUUAUAUUUGCACUCUUUCUUAUAAAAUUGUCAGCGAAGAAACACAAAAAGAACAAGAGAUGUAUAACACAUAUGCAUUUAUGGUAUUUGGAUACCAGGAACCUUAUUAUACAUAUCAGAUGACUGUACGAUUUACCACAGAUUCUUGUAAUGGAAAAAAAAAUUCUCAAUUCUUCAAAUUACUGAUAAGGAUCUUAGAUGAAAUCAUCUUUGAUUUGAUAUGCCACAUUGAAGAACCAUCAUAUAAAUGCCAUUUCCUUAAAAUUCCAAAACAUGGCCUCAAGGAUGAGCUAUUUAUAGCCUUUCAAGUAAGACCUUUUCCACCAGAGUGGAAAUCAGCUUGCAGAAAACUUUCUGUUGACUGUGAAGAAAUCACUAAUAGUAAAGUUCACCAGGCAAGAGAUCGCAUAGAGGAAUUCUUUGUUAAACAGACAGAUAUUCUGAAACAUGAAUUUAACUAUCUACCAAAUAUACAUUAUGUUGACCACAGCUUUAAAGUUAUACGCAUUGACAGCUGUCAUCCAGGCUUUGGGAAAAAUGAUAUUCUACACAGUGACUGUGCUAGUUGCUGCGUGGUUUGUGAUCCAAGAACAUAUAGUCCUGACACUGAUGUAACUUGUCAAACCUGCUUAACUGUCCACAGCUAUGGAGCUAAAAUUUGCCCGUAAACCAAAACCCCAAACUGGAAAAUUGAAGACAAGAGACUGUGUAAAACCAAAGUUUUUGAGUGGAGAAAUGCUGGGAUGAGAGUGGUCUCUAAAGAAGAUUACUCUGGCAAUGAUGUGAAGGAUGGCUUGGAGUGGGGAAGACUAGAGGCAGAAAAACCAGAUAUCAUCAUGGCACAGUUAGAUGGCACAGUGGACAAAGAACCAGCCUUGGACC